AUGGCCCCGCAGGCUGCCAUCCAGGCCGCUGAAAUCUCCGAUGCCGCCCGCAGGAGCUUGCUGCUGCUGCUUGAAGGCAUCCGCGGCAAGAAGAACAUUGUCUUCGAGAAGGCCUUGUCUGGUCCGCUCAAUCUACUUCUUAAAUUCUCAACCCUCCAGGAGUACGGCGUCGACAAGCCUUUCUUCCUGGAGACCGGCAACGUUGACUCCACCCAGCGCAAUGUUGUCUUCAUCGCCCGAGGAGACAGGACAAAGACCGUUCUCGCCAUAGCCGAGCAAAUUAAAAAACUUCGACACAAUGGUGUGGUCGAGCAUGAAUUCUCCGUAUUCUGGGUACCCCGAAGAACUCUUGUGUCCGAUCAGGUCCUAGAGGAAGCUGGUGUUCUAGGCGAGGUCAGUGUGGCGGAAUGGCCGCUAAACUUUGUGCCUUUGUCCGAUGAUCUACUUUCCUUGGAGCUGGAGGAUUCAAUAUCGGAUCUCUACGUGCGCAAGGACCCCACUCCCACAUUCCUGGCAGCGAGAGCUCUCAUGCAGCUGCAACAGCAGCACGGCCUCUUCCCGCGUAUAGUGGGAAAAGGCGAUAAUGCUCGUCGAUUAUCCGAUCUCCUCGUCCGUAUGCGCACCGAAGUCGUUGCUGGCUCGGGCUCAACAACAGAGUCACCGUUGGGACUGACGCCCAGCAACGUCUUGGACAGCUUGAUUAUCAUCGAUCGAGAAGUCGACUUUCCCACAGCCCUCAUGACCCAAUUGACCUAUGAAGGUCUUCUGGAUGAAGAGUUCCACAUCCAGUCCAAUCAGAUCGAGGUCGACUCCUCUGUCAUUGGAGCUGCAGGCGCAGGCACGUCGCAAGGCGGUGCCUCGUCUUCUGCUGCUCCUUUGAGGCGCAAAAUCCCUCUUGAGCCUUCAGAUACCCUUUACAGCACUCUACGAGAUACUAAUUUCGCAACCGUUGGUCCGCUGCUGAACAAGGUGGCGCGACGUCUCCAGUCUUCAUACGAGAACCGCAAUAUCCAACAGAAGUCGACCGCCGAGCUCCGCGACUUUGUCUCGAAGCUCCCGGGCUUUCAACAGGAACAAGCUUCUCUCAAACUUCACACCAACCUCGCCGAGGAGAUCAUCAAGCAGACCCGCUCGGACAUCUUCUCGCGCAUUCUCGAGGUCCAGCAAAAUCUGGCGGCCGGCGCAGACCCCAGCAGCCAACACGACAACAUUGACGAGCUAAUCUGCCGCGGCGUCAGGAUCGAAACCAUCCUGCGCCUGCUCUGCCUCGAGAGCUGCCUGCACGGCGGCAUCAGACCGCGCGAUCUGGAGAAUUUCAAGCGCGCCGUCCUCCAAGGCUACGGGCACCAACACCUCCUGACGCUCACCUCCCUGGAAAAAGCAGGCCUGCUCGUGCCUCGCAGCGGCGGUCUCGGCGUCGGCGCGAACCUAGGCGGCGUGGGUGUGGGCGUGGGCGUGGGCGUGGGGGGCGGCAGCGCCGCCAGUCGGGCCAACGCGAUGACGAACUACAACUCAGUGCGGCGGUCGUUGUCGCUGAUCGUCGACGAGGUCAACGAGGCCGAGCCCGACGACGUCGCCUACGUCUUCUCCGGCUACGCGCCGCUCUCGGUACGCCUCGUCCAGUGCGUUCUGCAAAAGGACUACAUCAACGCCCUGGCGUCCGCCCGGCCCGCGCCCGGCGCCAACGCCGCACAGGCAGCCCAGCAGCAGCAGCAGCAGCAGCAGCAGCAGCAGUUGACGAGCUCGGCCCUCGCCAACGCCCAGGGCUGGCGCCCGUUCGAGGACACGCUCCGCUACAUCCGCGGCGCCACCGUCGACGAGGUGCAGGCCGGUGAAGAAAAGGCCGUCCGGGCUCGCCAGCUGCUCAACGGCCACCACCACGGCACCAACGGCUUCAACCCCGGCGAGGGCAAGACCGUCGUCGUCUUCUUCCUCGGCGGCGUGACGCGGGCCGAGGUGUCGGCCCUGCGGUUCGUGGCCAAGUCCCUGGCCGAGGAGGGGCGCGGCAGGAGGUUGAUCGUCGCCACGACGAGCGUCAUCAACGGUGAUAAGGUUGUAGGUAGCGCUGUGGAGAAGGGGUCGUUGGGUACGCCUGCUUGA